CAGAAAAUAAACGCGGUGACGCACACAAAACUAGUUUUAGACAAACCUCCGAAUCCUCUCCCCCUCUAAAAUCUCUGCUCCUCUUUUCUCUCUUCAUUUUCAACCAUCUUUCCUUCUCUUGGUUUUCAGAGCAAGACCCAUCAUGCACAAGAAUCCAGGUCAACGGUCGAGAUCCGCCAAGCCCACCACCAUCCAUGGCUACGCUCACUCCGGCGACCUUGCUGGGUUCCAGAAGCUGCUCCGGGAAAACCCUGCUCUGAUCAAUGAAAGGAACGCCAUCAUGGUACAAACUCCACUUCAUGUUUCUGCCGGUAAUAAUAGGUCUGAGAUAGUUAAAUUUCUUCUUGAUUGGCAAGGGCAGGAAAAGGUUGUGUUGGAAGCUAGAAACAUGUAUGGUGAAACACCACUACACAUGGCAGCAAAAAAUGGAUGCAAUGAUGCUGCACGGUUACUUCUUGUCCAUGGGGCUUUUAUUGAAGCCAAAGCAAAUAAUGGGAUGACACCAUUACACCUUGCUGUGUGGCAUUCACUUCGAGCUGAAGACUUCUCAACCGUUAAGACAUUACUAGAGAACAAUGCUGAUUGCAGUGCUAAAGAUGAUGAGGGCAUGACUCCUCUAGAUCACAUUUCAAAAGGCCGUGAAACUGAAAAGUUGCGGGAACUAUUACAGUGGCACUUUGAAGAGCAGACGAAAAAAAAGGCAAUUCAAGCAUGCAGUGAAACUAAAGCUAAGAUGGACGAACUUGAAAAUGAAUUAUUAAAUAUUGUUGGUCUGCAAGAACUCAAACAACAACUACGGAAGUGGGCAAAAGGGAUGCUUUUGGAUGAGAGGCGUAAGGCCCUUGGUCUAAAAGUUGGCAUCAGGAGACCCCCCCAUAUGGCCUUUCUUGGCAAUCCUGGAACAGGUAAGACCAUGGUUGCUCGUAUUCUUGGAAGAUUACUCCAUAUGGUGGGUAUUCUACCAACUGACAAAGUAACUGAAGUACAGCGGACAGAUUUGGUUGGGGAAUUUGUCGGUCAUACAGGACCAAAAACUAGGAGAAAGAUUAAGGACGCAGAGGGAGGAAUUCUUUUUGUGGAUGAAGCUUAUCGACUGAUACCUAUGCAGAAGUCAGAUGAUAAAGACUAUGGGUUGGAAGCAUUGGAAGAGAUCAUGUCUGUCAUGGAUAGUGGAAAGAUUGUAGUGAUAUUUGCUGGAUAUAGUGAACCAAUGAAACGUGUAAUCACUUCCAAUGAAGGUUUCUGCCGACGUGUGACAAAGUUUUUCAACUUUAGUGACUUCACUCCUGAAGAUCUAGCAAAGAUUCUUCAUCUCAAGAUGAAUAAUCCAACAGAGGAGAGCAUGUUGUAUGGAUUCAAGCUACAUUCUUCUUGCAGUAUAGAAGCUAUCGCAGAACUGAUUCAAAGAGGAGCAACAGAAAAGCAGUGCAAGGAAAUGAAUGGAGGUUUAGUGGAUACAAUGUUAGUUAAUGCUAGAGAAAAUUUGGACCUUAGGCUCAAUUUUGAUUGUAUAGACACAGAAGAACUUAGAACACUCACCAUAGAGGAUUUACAAGCAGGCCUUCAGAUAUUAUCACAAUGAGACUGCAGGUUUGAGAUAGAUUCCGUCAGACGUGCUUUACAGGUUUUAGCUCAGAUUGUUUCGAAGUAUUCGGUUCUCCAGCUCCCCUAUCUAUUUCUACAAGAGGUUGUGCUACACUUCAUUGCUGGAGAUCUAUCUGUAUAAGCUCUUGUGCAGUGCUUUCGACUGUUUCAGAGCCUAUUCUAUUCUUGUGAUUGAUUACUUCUGGGCAGUUAUCGAUACAAUUGAUAUUCUUUGUGCUAGUGUAAAUCCCUUAUACCGUAUUCUUGCUUUUGUAUCACCAUUCUUCUGUUCAUUUAUGAAUUAGUUUCUGAACUACGAA